AUGUCCGACGCUAAGAUCGAAACCCACGAGUUCACAGCUGAGAUCUCUCAGUUGAUGUCCUUGAUCAUUAACACCGUCUACUCCAACAAGGAGAUUUUCUUGAGAGAGUUGAUUUCCAACGCCAGUGAUGCUUUGGACAAGAUCAGAUACGAGGCUUUGGCCGACCCAUCCAAGUUGGACACCGAGCCUGAGUUGUUCAUCAGAAUCACUCCUAAGCCAGAGGGCAAGAUCUUGGAGAUCAGAGAUUCCGGUAUUGGUAUGACCAAGGCCGACUUGAUCAACAACUUGGGUACCAUUGCCAAGUCCGGUACCAAGGCUUUCAUGGAGGCUCUUUCUGCUGGUGCCGAUGUGUCCAUGAUUGGUCAAUUCGGUGUCGGUUUCUACUCCUUGUUCUUGGUUGCCGACCACGUCCAGGUUAUCUCUAAGCACAACGACGACGAGCAAUACGUCUGGGAGUCCAACGCCGGUGGUAAGUUCACCAUCACCUUGGACGAGACCAACGAGAGAAUCUCCCGUGGUACCGUUCUCAGAUUGUUCUUGAAGGAGGACCAAUUGGAGUACUUGGAGGAGAAGAGAAUCAAGGAGGUUGUCAAGAGACACUCCGAGUUCGUUUCCUACCCAAUCCAAUUGGUUGUCACCAAGGAGGUCGAGAAGGAUGUUCCUGUUGAGGAGGAGUCCAAGGACGACUCUGAGGACAAAAACCCUAAGUUGGAGGAGGUCGAGGAUGAGGAUGGUGAGAAGAAGGAGAAGACCAAAAAGGUCAAGGAGACCGUCACCGAGACCGAGGAGUUGAACAAGACCAAGCCUUUGUGGACCAGACCUCCAUCUGAGGUCACCCAAGACGAGUACAACGCCUUCUACAAGUCCAUCUCCAACGACUGGGAGGACCCAUUGGCUGUCAAGCACUUCUCUGUUGAGGGUCAAUUGGAGUUCAAGGCUAUCUUGUUCGUUCCUAAGAGAGCUCCAUUCGAUGCUUUCGAGUCCAAGAAGAAGAAGAACAACAUCAAGUUGUACGUUCGUCGUGUCUUCAUCACCGAUGACGCUGAGGAGUUGAUUCCUGAGUGGUUGUCUUUCAUCAAGGGUGUUGUCGACUCCGAGGACUUGCCAUUGAACUUGUCCAGAGAAAUGUUGCAACAAAACAAGAUCAUGAAGGUCAUCAAGAAGAACAUCGUCAAGAAGUUGAUCGAGACCUUCAACGAGAUUGCUGAGGACCAAGAGCAAUUCGACAAGUUCUACUCUGCUUUCUCCAAGAACAUCAAGUUGGGUAUCCACGAGGACCAACAAAACAGACAAGCCUUGGCCAAGUUGUUGAGAUACAACUCCACCAAGUCCACUGACGAGAACACCUCCUUAUCUGACUACGUCCUCAGAAUGCCUGAGCACCAAAAGAACAUCUACUACAUCACUGGUGAGUCCAUCAAGGCUGUCGAGAAGUCUCCAUUCUUGGACGCUUUGAAGGCCAAGAACUUCGAGGUCUUGUUCCUUGUUGACCCAAUUGAUGAGUACGCCAUGACCCAAUUGAAGGAGUUCGAGGACAAGAAGUUGGUUGACAUCACCAAGGACUUCGAGUUGGAGGAGACCGAGGAGGAGAAGGCUGAGAGAGAGAAGGAGGUUGCUGAGUUUGAGCCAUUGACCAAGGCCUUGAAGGAGAUCUUGGGUGACCAGGUUGAGAAGGUUGUUGUGUCCCACAAGUUGGUUGACGCUCCAGCUGCUAUCAGAACCGGUCAAUUCGGCUGGUCCGCUAACAUGGAGAGAAUCAUGAAGGCUCAAGCUUUGAGAGACACCACCAUGUCCUCUUACAUGUCCUCUAAGAAGACUUUCGAGAUCUCUCCAAAGUCCUCUAUCAUUAAGGAGUUGAGAAAGAAGGUUGAGGCUGACGGUGCUGAGGACAAGACUGUCAAGGACUUGACCACCUUGUUGUACGAGACCGCUUUGCUCACCUCUGGUUUCACUUUGGAGGAGCCAUCUUCAUUCGCUGGUAGAAUCAACAGAUUGAUCUCUUUGGGAUUGAACAUCGAGGAGGAGGAAGAGGCCGAGGCCGAGGCUGAUGCUGCUGCCACUGGUGCUGCUGAGGAGGCUGUUGUCGAGUCUGCCAUGGAGGAGGUUGACUAA